AUGGCACAGACGGACGUGCUCCUGACCAAGCAGCCAGCCCUGCAGACAAUAGAGCUGUGCGAACUGCCCCCCAAGGUGUACGACGUGGCCCGCAACACGGGUGCCCACACGUCCUCGGGCCUGGCCACCGCCGGCUUCCGCACAGCCAAGUACCUGGUGGAUGAAUGGUUUCAGAGCUGCUACGCCCGCUACCACCAGGCCUUUGCGGACCGCGACCGGUCGGAGCAGCAGCGACACGAGAGCCAGCAGCUGGUGGCUGAGACACAGGCCCUGGCAUGGCGCACGCAGCAGGACUCCACGCAGAAGGUGGGCCAGCGCCUGCAGGACACACACUACUGGAAGUCGGAGCUGCAGCGCCAGGUGGACGAGCUGAUCGCUGAGACCGACCUGCUGCUGGCCCAGAAGCAGCGGCUGGAGCGCGCCCUGGAAGCCACAGCAGUGCCCUACGCCAUCGCCACUGACAACCUGCAGUGCCGUGAACGCCGCCAGCACCCUGACCUUGUGCGCGACCAUGUGGAGACGGAGCUGCUGAAGGAAGCCGAGCUCAUCCGGAACAUUCAGGAACUCUUGAAGCGGACCAUCAUGCAAGCCAUGAACCAGAUCAGGCUAAACCGCGAGCACAAGCAGACCUGCGAGAUGGACUGGUCGGACAAGUUGCAGACCUACAGCAUUGACGAGACCUGCGCGCGCUACCACAGCGAGGACACCUCCGUGCAGCGCCACCCGCACUCCGCCAAGCUCCAGGAGAGCGCCUCCACGCCUGAGACGUGGGCCAAGUUCACGCAGGACAACCUGCAGCGCGCGGAGCGCGAGCACCUGGCCUCGGUGGGCCUGCGGGCGCUGGUGGACCACGUGCUGCAGGACACCGCGGAGGACCUGCGGCUGCAGUGCGACGCCGUGAACCUGGCCUUCGGGCGGCGCUGCGAGGAGCUGGAGGACGCGCGCGGCAAGCUGCAGCGCCACCUGAGCCAGACGCUGCGGGAGAUCACAGACCAGGAGCAGAACGCUGCGGCGCUGAAGCAGGCCAUCAAAGACAAGGAGGCUCCCCUGCGAGUGGCCCAGACCCGCCUGUACCAGCGCUCACACCGGCCCAACGUGGAGCUGUGCCGCGAUGCCGCCCAGUACAGGCUGGUGAGCGAGGAGGAGGAGCUGAACAUCUCCCUCACAGCGCUGAGGGAGAAGCUUCUGGAAGCAGAGCAGUCGUUGCACAACCUGGAGGACACACGUCUGAGCCUGGAGAAGGACAUUGCCGUCAAGACCAACAGCCUCUUCAUAGACCGCCAGAAGUGCAUGGCCCGCCGCGCCCGCUACCCCACCGUCCUGCAGCUGGCCGGCUACCAGUGA